ACUUGAUAAGAAUCUUUCUAAUUCACAGAGAGGUGUAAAGAAUAAAGAUGGUGAGAGGGAAGAUAGAGAUGAAGCGCAUAGAGAACGCGACGAACAGACAAGUAACAUUCUCAAAGAGGCGUAAUGGACUCUUAAAGAAGGCUUUUGAGCUCUCAGUUCUGUGUGAAGUUGAGGUUGCUCUCAUCAUCUUCUCUCCCAGAGGCAAACUGUGUGAAUUUUCAAGCUCCAGCUUGAAGGAGACUAUUGAGCGUUACCACAAACAUGUUAAAGAUUCUCAUUUCUUCCAACAAAAUAUGCAGCGUCUGAAUCAAGAAACAGCAAGUAUGAAGAAGAAGAUUGAGCUUCUUGAAGCUUCAAAACGGAAACUAAUAGGAGAAGGUUUGAACACAUGUUCCUUACAAGAACUGGAAGAGAUUGAACAACAGGUGCGAAAGAGUGUCAGAAACGUCCGAGCAAGAAAGAAUCAUAUAUUUAAGGAGAAAAUGGAGAAACUACAAGAAAAGGAAAAACUCCUAACAGCAGAAAAUGCAAGGCUUUCUGAGAAGUGUGGUAUGCAGGCACAUGUGGAGACUGAUUUGGUCAUCGGACUUCCAGAAACAGAAUCAUGA